ACCUCCAUAUAAUUUUUUAUACUCUUCCCUUUAACAAGUGAAGCCUAAUUCCGUUCCCCUUGAAUGCAGGCUGGACUUAGUUAUGUACUUUUAACAACUAAUAUAUGGCAGAAGUGACAGUGUGAGACUUCUAAAACUAGGCCAUAAAAAGCACUCUUCCCUCUUUAGUCACUCUCUCCGGGGGAAACCAACUGCCAUGUUGGGAGGACACUCUGGUAUGAGGUCCUCUCCCAUGGAGAGGCCCACCUAGGGAGAACAGCCUCCUGCCAACAGAGCAUGUGAGCAAAGUGGAUCUUCCAGUCCCAGUCAAAUCUUCAGAUGACUGCAGCCCUAGCCAACAUGUUUACUACAACCUCAUGAAAGACACCACCACUCAUCUAAGCCACUCUCGAAUUCCCAAUCCACAGAAUUGUGAAAACAUAGAUGUUUUUUCAAGCUUCUAAGUUUGAGUGUAAUUUGUUGCACAGCAAUAGGUAACUAAUGGCACCCUUCCCUUUCUAUUCCCCCCAACUCAGAUUUAUUUUUCUACAUUUUACUUAUCACCAUGUGACACAAUAUACAUUUCCCCCACUGGAAUUAUGCCAUUAUAAUAAGGACUUUGUUUUAUUUACUCCUGUGUCCAACAGUGCCUUGCAUAAAGUAAGUGCUCAGUAAGUAUGUGUUGGAUUAAUGGAUGUCUAGGUCAGUCUGUCUGUCUCUGUGAGGUAUAGGAUCAGAGGGGGCUAUGUGUGGGUUUGAGACAGCCUUUCCUCUUCACAGAUGGAGAGGGAGAGAAACCAGGUUCCAGUCAGGUUAUUCCUUCCCCUUUGCCCUCCCCAGUUGUACCCUCCUGGCUCAGACCCCAAAGGUGAAUUUACUAUGCUUGAUUGAUUCUUUUCUUUUGGGAGUAGCGUCCAAGUCCCUUGCCCCUCUCCACCCCCUCCAAAGCAAUCUCCAAACCCUCAACUGGAAUGUCCCCAAGCCAGUUCCUACCUUUCCAACAGGAAUCUUAACUUCAUCUCUCUCCAGGCACUUUCUCUCUUCUGAGCAGCUAGGGAAGCUGGGUGGGGGGCGCAGUUGGGAGGCAAGCUGAGCACAGGAGUUGCCUUGGAGAGGGAUGGCAGCAGAGAGGGCUGGACUCUGCCCCAGGAGAACUUAUACCACACCAAGCUAUGGGGGCAGGGGCAUUGGAUCUGAAGGUGGUUGGAUCACCAAUGCCUCUUGAUGGAAGUGGGAUCUGACUGGCUGUCAGACCUGAAAUCUGAGCGGGUGGGCACUGGAGUGUGAGCAGGACUGAGCCUCAGUGUGGCUGGCCAGAGAUGGGCCACAGAGAAUGUGGACUUAGUGCCACAGUGGGAGCUGGGCUGGGGACAAGGGUGGAGGCUGGAGACAGAGCAGGGGGCUGUCACCCACCACAAGAUCCUGGUGAGAAGAGCUGGUGGUCCAGACCAGGGCAAGCUGGGUCUGAGAGGAGCAGACUCAUUGGGAGAGGGUUGGGGAGGAGGCAAAAGUUACCUCUGAAUUUCUGCCCCCUAGAGGAAUCUUGGCCCUGAGACCAGUGUGCCUCACUGGGUAUGAAUGAGGUCAGGUGGUGCUCCCUGGUGCUGAGUUUGAUACAGCAGAGUUUCACACCUAUGCCAGGUAUCACUCCUACAGAGGCGUGUUGUUCACUCACACACUUGGCAUCACCUCCCGGUGACUCUCAAUGCUUUUAGUAGGUCGAUUCCCUUCCGCACAGGAAGAAACUGGGGAACGGAUGAGGGUGCUUAACAGGAGUGGGGUCCAGGGCUGCUGAGGAACAGCAUCUCAGCAUCUGGAGGAUAACUGGGAGUAGGGUGGGCCUGGAGCAGUUGGCUAAAGGUGUCUGGAGCUAGAGAUUGGGGAGUCAUGCAAACAUGGGUGGAGGAUGUAUGUGAAGAUGGGCAAAAUGCUGAUCACUAUUGAAAUUCUGAGGAUUGCCAGAGGUUCAUUAUAUUAUUCACUCUUCUUGGGUAUAUGUUUGAAAAUUUCCAUAAUAGAACGUCAAAUGAGCUAAAAGCCGUGUGGCUUUGUACCUGCAGGUGGUAUGUGUGCCCUGCUGCUGGUGUGGAAUGAGCUCAGAGACCUCUGAGUGUGUGGGUGCAGAAGUGAGUUCACCACCAUGUGCGUGUAUUGUGCAAACUGCAGCGUGCGUGCAGUUGGGGACAGCACCUGGGCAGGGCAGGGGAGAAGCUUCUGUUCUGCCCAAGCCCUCCAGUCUCACCCCAGCACCCCACAGAGUGAGUCCCCUCAGAUCACAGCCUGUCCAGGCCUUUGGCGCUGUAGUAUUUAUAUAACCAAGUAUGUGAGAUAGAGCGGCUGUGUACCUUGAACUUGUGACAGGGUGUGUUGGUGUGUGAACACGAAUGUUUGUAUGUGGAUGCCAGGCACUGAGUAAGGGUGUGGGGACCCCCCCUCCCCUGACUUGUGAGGCUGAGAGGGGCCCUGCUCCGGAGUUCGGUGGUGGUGGACUCCUCACUCUCCUUUGCACGAUUCCCAGCAGCACUCCAGCGCCCUCUCCCCCCCACCCCCGAAUCUGGCUGUAUGGAGGGUGGGAGACACCUGUUGGGGGGCUGGAAGCGUCAGAGCCCACCGGGGCCUCUUCCGCUGCGCCCCCGCCCGCCCUGCCCCUCGCGGGUCCCGCCCCCGCGGCCGCAGCCGGCAGAGCAGCAAGUGAGCGCCCCGCGGCGAGAGGAGCGCGCGACUGCAGGAGCGCACGGCAGGGGCCCCGCACAGGGAACCGAGCUGAGACAGGGGCCGCCCGACAGGCGGGCUGAGCGGAGGGAGCGCCGUGGAGACGCCGGGGGCAGCGGGCCGCGCCAGGCUGGUGAGUGUGGCCGCGGGGAGCCAGAGAGCGGGCGUGGAGACGCUGCUGUCCCCGUCCCGGGCUCUACCCCCGGCAUCCUCUGUUCCCUCUCCUCCUCGGUUCUAGUCCUCUGCGUCUCUGCCCCGUCUCUCCGUCUGUUUUCCCUGUCUCUGUCCCUCUCUAUUUACUGUCUUGCCCGGUCUCUAUUUCUAAUCUCUUUCUUCUGUCUCUGUCUCCUGCUGCGUCGGUCUUUGCCUGUUCUCUCUCAACCCCGGCCUCAGUAUUUGUCUCCCUCUGCCUCUGUCUGUCUGUCAGUCUCCCUGGACUGCUUGUCACCCAGGUCUUUGAUAUUUAUCUCUUGCUCCUCUCUCUCUCUUACCUUCCCGGUCUCUCUACCGGAUAUCUCUAUCAAUCUCAUCUCUCCCCGUCUCUGUUUCUCCAUUCUUGUCUCUGUCUGAUAUUUCUGUCACCCUCCACCUUGGUCCCUCUCAGUCUCUUGUCUCUCGCCAUCUCUCAUUUCUAUCCCCAUAUCUCCCUGUCAUUGUCUCUCUCCCUCUCUGUUGGAUCUCUCUCUCCUCCAUCUCUCUCUGUUUCUUGGUCCCUGUCACCCUCUUUGAUCUGCUCAGUCUCUACCUGUCCUCGGUCAACGUCUGUUUCUGUCUCUUUGGGUCUGGUCUCUGUCUCUCCUGCUCUUUUUACCUCUCUGUCCACCUCUGAGAAAGCUGUCUUUCUGUCUUUUUCCUUAUGGCCCCCCUGCACUUCCCUGAAUCCAUAACCACCUCCCCUUGUGUUGGGGGCUUUGGGGGAGUGGGUGCAACACGCAUAAUUCUCUCCUCCACAGGCAGCCCUUUCCUCAGGGCAGCGCCUGGUGCCAGCCGGCCCACCAGUGGGGGGACUGCGCCUGGAAGCUGUAAUGGAGGCCCUGCAGAGACAGCAGGCAGCCCGACUGGCCCAGGGGGUGGGGCCUUUGGCCCCUCCACGCCCACCACCACCACCGCCGCCGCGGCCUUCCUUUCCUGGAUCCCGGACCCUGCAGGCCCCCGACGGGGCCUUGGGGGAGGUUGGAGCUGAGGAAGAGGAGGAUGCCCAAGAGGAUGAGGAAGGAGAGGAAGCUGGCACAGAAGAGGUGGCAGCCGAGGAGAGCCACCCAGGGACCCGGGGCACCAGCUCACCUUCCAGCCAGCCCCCUGGACCUCAUCCCCAUGAGUGGACCUAUGAGGAGCAGUUCAAGCAGCUGUACGAGCUCGAUGCAGACCCCAAGAGGAAAGAAUUUCUGGAUGACCUGUUUAGCUUCAUGCAGAAGAGGGGGACGCCAGUGAACCGUGUGCCCAUCAUGGCGAAGCAGGUGCUGGACCUGUACGCGCUGUUUCGCCUGGUGACGGCCAAGGGCGGUCUGGUGGAAGUCAUCAACCGCAAGGUGUGGCGGGAGGUAACGCGCGGCCUCAGCUUGCCCACCACCAUCACGUCGGCCGCCUUCACUCUACGCACCCAGUACAUGAAGUAUCUGUACCCGUACGAGUGCGAGACGCGGGCGCUCAGCUCCCCGGGGGAGCUCCAGGCCGCCAUCGACAGCAACCGGCGGGAAGGCCGUCGUCAAGCUUACACCAACGCCCCACUCUUCGGCUUGGCGGGGCAGUCCCCUUGGGGCACUCUUGGCCCCGCCUCGGGUUCCGGGCCCGCCCCUCCCGCGCCCACGCCCGGCCCCCGCACUGCUCGGGGCUCCGCCUCCGGCCUGCCGGCGCACGCCUGCGCGCAGCUGAGCCCGAGCCCCAUUAAGAAAGAGGAGAGCAGAAUUCCAACCCCUCGACUGGCACUGCCUGUGGGCCUAGCCUUUGGACCUGCACGUGAGAAGGUGGCACCAGAGGAGCCCCCAGAGAAGAGGGCUGUGCUGAUGGGGCCCAUGGACCCACCUCGACACGGCGCACCCCCCAGUUUCCUGCCCCGUGGCAAGGUUCCCUUGAGGGAAGAGCAAUUGGAUGGGCCUCUCAAUCUGGCAGGCAGUGGUAUCAGCAGUAUCAACAUGGCCCUAGAGAUCAACGGGGUGGUCUACACUGGCGUCCUCUUUGCCCGUUGCCAGCCCGUGCCAGCUUCCCAGGGCCCAGCCAACCCUGCACCCCCACCCCUGAUGGGGCCCCCUUCCAGCGCCUCACCCUGAGAGCUCACACCUGAAAUUGAGAGUCCCAACCCCAUUGCUGAGGGGGGGAGGAGACACCCCUCCAACCCAUUCUUCCAAGGUGCCCAUUCUAGGACCUGGGAAUGGCCACUCCCCCCCUCAACCAUGCCAUGUGGACUUGAAGCCAAAGAGAUUUCUUCUGAUGUUACAUCUACCUCAUUGCAAAAGGAGGGCAUCUCCUCCCUGGCCAACUCCAGCAGCAUCUACCAAAGAGUUCUUACCCCGGUAACCCCCAUCAUCUCCUCAUGUGCUCCCUUGUGUCAAUAUCAUCUCUAGGACUCCACCUCUUCAAGUCAGACCUGCUUCUCUUCAGGAGCCAGGUGAAGGGUUGAGUUGGGGUGUUGUGAAGAUGUCCCUCAGGUCACAUCUGCAUAAUAAAGCUGCGGUCCCUCCCUCUCCA